AUGAGUGUGGACUCCCUGUUCCAGCACAUCGUGCUCACCCAGCAGCAGGCGCAGGAAAGGCGCAGGAUCCUCCAGGAGGUGAAGUCAGACGUCAGCAGCUGCCAUGAGAAAAUCACCGAGGUCGAAGAGAAGCUCCGAGCGGCCACAGGAACAAGGGAGGAUAAGAAGGACCUGGAAGUUUUUCUACUAACCUUGGACAGACUGGGAUGGAUGGUCAACAGAAUGAAAUCUAACCUAGUACCAUCGACCAAGAUCAGGUUCCUAGGAGUUAUCCUGGACUCUCAAAAACAGUUAACCAGUCUACCUCGGGACAAGAUAUCAGACAUGCAAAGGAAGAUCAAGGUCACCAUUCUGCUGGAGAAGGGAUUUCAGAGAGAUCUAGUGAAGAUGCGUCAAGAGGGUCUGGAGAUCCAGAAGGGGAGGCUUCUCCGAGAGAAUCAGGAUCUCCUCUGUAACCUGGAGGACAUGAAGAAAGAGAUGACGGCAGAGGAGGAGAGAUUCAUGAAGGAAGUCCUGGCUUAUAAUAAUGAUUACGGGCUAACGGUGGACAGAAAGGAGCUGCUGAGAGGAGGCGCCGAGGCUGAAAGUCAGAGUCUGGAUGAGGAGGCCGAGGAGCUGGGACGUGAAAUAGAAUCCCUGAGAGGUGAGAACAUCCAUCUCAAGGCUCUUCAUCGGCAGAGGAACAUGAUCCAGAGGGAACUGAGUGACUUCCAGGAGACUCUGAGAGGUCUGGACAAAGAGAUCAGUGCGGCCGCCGGGGUCACCAAGAGCCUGGAAGCUGAGAAACUGGCCAUCAGUCAGAGGCCUCAGAACGAUGGAGAGUGUCUAAGGUGA